CGUUUCUAUAAAUUGUUUUCAAGGUGUAAAUGUUGGUUCAAAAGUUGAAAAUAAAGACAUACAGAACACACCGUGUCUUCAAAGACUUACAUUAAAAGGUCAUCUGGAAGAGCCAACAAAGAAAGGCUUUAACAGAAUUGUCGAGCCACGAAGAGCUGCCUUUUGUGGCUUUCAUAAAGCAUAUGGGUCACAGCAUGACCCGAAUGCAAGGCACAAUAACGCUUAGGGCACGAGUGAAGGUUUUUGGGUAAUCGCGAUUUAGUGAAUCAGUCAGCCGGGACUUUUCGGUUCAUGCUGGUAAAUGUAUUCAACACUUGUGGCUUGUAUCCAUAGCCUGUGGGAACAUGGUGCGGGUAAGCGUACGUGCCGACAGCUAUUAGACAUUUUCUGUUAAAAAUCAGCCAGACGGUUGUACAUUAUGACAGAGGAAAGGGUGGACAGAAGUUGUGUAUCGGAACGCCGUAGAUGGAACUGACCGGUGACGCCCUGCUGUAUCAAGGUGUGGGUGUGCAUGUUUGUGUGACUGAUCCAGGAGACCCUGCCGGCUCGUUUGUCUGCCAACACAGACGUAGUCUUGUUGUGCACGGAUGAUAACUUCCGAUAACCAAGACAGAAACACCUCAAGGCUGAGGCGACACCACACAAGUGAAAAAUUCAAUCUACGCCAGCGCCACACAUCAAACGUUACACCAUGAAGAGUUGGCAACAGAUGCUACUAGCCUGGUUGCUGUUUGUCUUCUACCUCCUCGCUGGGGCGUUCCUCUUCAGGGCCAUCGAGCUCCCCCAAGAGCGGCUUGCAGGACAGGAAUUCAGCCAGACCGUGGAAGAGUUCCUGCAGUCUCACCCCUGCCUUUCCAAAGAAGAGCUUCUUCGUUUUGGCCAGCUUGUGGUCGAGGCAGCAGACAGCGGUGUCUAUGAUUUCGCGCAGGAAAAGUUAGACGACCGUCAGGUCACCGGUGUUCAUAUGGAGCAGAAAGGAGUCUGGGACCUUCCCAACUCUUUCUUUUUCUCCGCCACCGUUGUAACUACAAUUGGAUAUGGUGACCUCACGCCACAGACGUCAGUAGGCCGUGCUGUCUGUAUGAUUUACGGUGUGAUUGGGCUGCCCCUUACUGCAUGGGUUAUAGGCGUCAUCGCUCGCUCUCUGACUGCAUAUUGGACCAAAGCUUUAGACAGAGCCGACAAAAUCCUGCUUCUCUGCGUCAAGUUUGCCCGGUUACGAAAAACCAUCAUGAUCCUCAUUACCAUAUUGGUGUUAUAUGCGAUAUUGCUCCAAGUGCCCGCCGUCCUUCUUGGGCACAUUGAAAACUGGGACGUCUUGACAGGGGUGUAUUAUUGCUUCAUCACUCUGACAACGAUAGGAUUCGGGGACUUGGUGGUUGGGAAUCAUCCAGAUUUUUCACAGGCAGCCAAAUGGACUCUGAAGAUGUGCAUGGUGCUAUAUGUGAUGCUUGGUCUCAGCCUCUUGGUGGCGCUAACUUCAGCCAUAUCAGAACGUGCCAAUAAGACUGUCAAGAAGUCAAUGAUGCCCGGAAACAGUUAUCGUAUAGAACGCAAACAGAGCAAGAAAGAGCGGAAACGACUGGACAUGGUGCUGGAAAAUGAAGUAGCGCUCCGUUAUGUUCCCGAUCUGUCCUUUGCUAGACUGACGGAGUCUAGUGAGGACAGUAAGGUCCUUGGUGCUGAUGUGAAAGAUAAAGACACGGAAGUAGAGGUAACAAUUGAGAUGCACUCGCUUGGCAACAUGAAGGAAGAUGUGCUGCCAUAUUACGAGGAGAUCUUCGCAGACAUGUCAGCCUCCACUGACACAUUGUGUAUUAAUAUGUCAAUGAACGGAAGCAAAAACGGUUUGCCAGCGAGACCCACAGAGCAAUCUUUACACUGUACGUCACUCGAUAACGAUAACAGUAUGCAAAACGCUGGGAACGUUUCUGCUAUUUCAAGGAACGAAUACGGACGCGUUGAUUUCCACAGACCGUCAAUUCAAUAAACGUGAAAGUGACCUCAUAAUUCUCUCAAUUCUCUCCAAUACCUACCGUUUCUUCCCUUUGUUAUUCGGUACAGUGUACGCAUGGGCGUACAGACAAUAAUGAAGAAGGCAAUUUUUUUCCUUCUUUAAAACUGUACAGUUUAAGGAGUACUUCUUAAUUAUUGCUUUUAAUCAUAAGAUAUGGAGCAGUUAAUGCACACUUAAACCAAAAUGCUUUCAACAUGUUUUUAUCAAUAUUUGAGUGAGGCCAAGGAUUUUGCCAGCUCAGUAUUAAUACUUUCAAAUUGAUAAUUUUUAUAUUUACUACCUUCAAUGAACAGUUUUGCUUUUUUAGUUUAAAACAAUAAUUUGAUACCUACACCAACUCCAGCUUCUAAGAGGAAGCCAUUUUUAAUCUGGUUUCCCGAAUCUGUUUGAUAUAAUAAAGUGGGAGGGUUCCGGACUGUUUAUAAA